CCACGUUUCUUUCACAAAAGCAGCAUGUUAAAUAAUCACAAACUUGCCUGCUACCUUGUCUUUAGCUGCUUAGUUACUGGAAGUAUCUCAAACGAUGAAAUCGAUAGAUGUGACGGUGACGCGAACGUCGAAAAGCCACAGUACAAUGCUGGAACAUCCUCACUCGACUUGGGCGGUCGACUGGCACUUGUAACUGGUGCGGCUUGUGGCAUCGGGCGGAGUGUUGCUAUGGGACUCGCUCGAGAAAAUGUCACCGUAAUCGUUGCUGAUAUCAACACAACCGGAGGACCAGAAACCGUUAGUAUGCUUCCAAACCAACACCUUAAACACAUGGCUCUCUACGUGGAUGUUCGAAAUUCGACUUCAGUCAAAUACCUCGUGGAAUGCAUCGAAAGUACAUACAAUAUGAGCAUCAGUAUUGUGGUCAACAGUGCUGGGAUUCUGCAUCAUAUAACUCCACUCGUAAAUCUAAGUGAAGCGAUAUUCGACGAUGUAAUCAACACCAACCUAAAGGGUACAUUUUUGGUGACCAAAGAAGCGGUGAAGCACAUGCUAUCACGGAAUGUAACACGAGCAGCUAUAGUGAACAUUGCGAGCAUACUUGGCAAGGGUGGCUUUCCAGGACUGGGCGCCUACACAGCCUCCAAGGGUGGUGUCGUUGCGUUCACCAAGUCCGUCGCCCUUGAGCUGGCGACCAAGGGAAUUCGGGUCAACGUGAUUCUGCCCGGCCUUACCGACACUCCCAUGAUUCAGAAGUACUCAAGCAGCGAUAUAACUACAAGGCUAGCGGCAAUGAUUCCCAUGCAGCGUAUCGCGAAGCCACUCGAAAUUUCAGAAACAAUUCUUUUCAUGUGCAGCCCCAAAGCGUCCUACAUGACCGGAGCUUCCAUUGACGUUGCCGGAGGUUCCAAAACAUAAGUAAAUGUUUGUGACGAGUGCUUCCGAUUUGAAAUAUAGCCUCAAAUACGGAAGAAUAUAUGGUGUUGUGACAAAUUAUAUUAAUUGAUCGCUAAGGUAGCAGUCCGGAAAUAAACACUAUUGAGCUUCUGCAAUUAGUGAAUAAAUUCCUACCAAAAAUUUA